UCUAAGCUUUAUUAUAUAAUUGUUUCUUCAUUUUACAUUUCUGAAAUCCCAAAACCCCACCUUCACUGAGUACUGAGUGAAUUUCUUAAAUAAUUCUCUCAAUUUGUCAGAGAAAGAGAAACAGAGUGUUUUGUAUGUGUCUAUUUUGAAGAUGAUAAUGAUGCUGUUACGAAUUUGUUCUUUUGUUCUAUAACAUAUAUAUUUGGAUUUGUGUUAUUUCUCUUUGUCCUCAUCUUCGUUGCUUCACACAGACACACACAAAGUACUCUUGUCGUUUGAUAGCAGUUUCAAUUGAUGAAUUAGCAUAUCCCAGAAUCAACCUGCCAUCUAUCUGUUUGUCAUUUUGCCUCAACCAGGAUAUUACAAUCUUCUCACAUGCUCUAGCAUAUCUCUGUUUCCAAUGAAUUAACAAAUCUUGAUUCAUUCCGGUCUUCUUUAUUCUUGUCAUGGACGACCUAUCUUGUGAUCUUGAAGUGGAUGUUAAUGGGGAGGAGACUUUCAUUCUCGACAAGAAAAUCAUCGCUGCUUAUUCAGCUAGAAUUAGUCGAUUAUUCGGCAAAUCAAUCGGGUCUGCCCAAAAGCAUCUCAAGAUUAUAUUUCAUGAUUUCCCUGGAGGAGCCAAGAGUUUUGAACUUGCUGCUCGCUUUUGUUACAAUCAUGGCAGAAUUCAUAUAAAUCCCUUCAACGCUACUGUUCUUCACUCAACUGCACAUUUUAUGGAAAUGGACAGCUUAACCGAGCAAACCCAUAAAUCACUCGAAGGAAUCGCCUAUUGGUCGUGGUCUCAACUCGUGCUCGCCUUAAAACAGUGCCAAGAUUUUCUCCCUUUCGCGGUUUCUUCUGGAAUGCUCGAAAAAAUUCUCGAUUCAAUCAUUGGCAGGAUCGUCCUUGCCAAUGAAACUGCGAGUCUUAGCCCAUCUACCUCCUCGCCAGAUAGCAUUGGAAUAAUCAGGCAUUCUUGCGAUACAAAAAGCACAGAGAGCUUGAGAAAUAGCUCAAUUCGGUCUAAUUGGUGGUAUGAAGAUCUUGCUAGUUUGAAUCCUGAUUUGAUUGAAAUGGUUGUGAAAACCAUGAUGGCUAAAAGAAGAAUCAAUCACGCCAAUAUAAGUAGAUUCCUGUUUUAUUUCCAAAAGUCGAAACCUUGUAGAAAGGUAACUGAGGCAGUGAUCGACAUGCUACAUGGUCUGGAGAGGAAUUUAAUUUCCUGCAAGAGCUUGUUUGGGAUUCUCCGAGUGAUUUCAAGCAUGAACGUAAGCAAAAACUGCAAGAACAAAUUGGAGAGUAUGAUCGGUUCGGUUAUGGAUCAAUCCACGCUCGAUAAUCUUCUAGUUCCAUCUCCACCCGGGACUAAUUACCUAUAUGAUGUGAAUUUAGUGUUAAGGUUCAUGAAAGCGUUUCAAGCUGACGAUAUCGGUUCAUUACAUCGGUUGAAGAAAGUUGGCAGUUUGAUAGACUUGUACAUAGCUGAGGUAGCACCCGAUCCUUUCUUGAAACCGUCCAAGUUUUUGGCUCUUGUUAAGGCUCUCCCUGAUUCAGCACGUGACUCGUUUGAUGAAGUUUAUCGAUCAAUCGACAUGUAUAUUGAGGUUCAUUCAGGGAUAUCGGAGGAAGAUAAGGCAAACAUUUGUUUAGGAAUGAAUUACGAGAAGCUGUCAUCAGAAGCCUGGAAGCAUUUAGCUUUAAACAAAAGAUUUCCUUCUAAAUCCUCUGUUCAAGCACUUGUAUCGCAGCAGAGUAACCUGAAAAUCUUGCUCAAAACGAGACCCUUGAUGGAUUCACAAGCAAAUACCAAGGAAAAGAAGGAUGAAAAUCACAAGCAAAUUGUUGUUUUCGCGGAAAAGCUCGACGUUUCAGAGGAAAACGAGAAGUUGAGAGCUCAUCUAGAAGGCAUGCAAUGGAGGGUUAUGGAACUAGAGAAAGUGUGCAAGAAAAUGCAAAGCCAAAUGUCGAAAGUGGCGAAAUCGUCGGGACAGAGCCGGACUAGUAGUAGUAGUAGCAGUCGGUCAAUACCCAGAUUAUGUUCUUGAGGCAUUGUUACAAAAUUCAUAAUAUAUAUAUAUGCAUAUGUUGUAUAUAGGAUCGAUAUGAAAUAAAUAAUUGGACUCUUCUUCUUCUUUCUUUAUGCAAACACCAAAGGCAAAUGAAAGCUAACUAACUAGAUGAUAAAGUAAUUAAAAAGAAGCUAAACCGUUGUAUUGGUCUGUCGACUGUUUAUU